AUGUUUCCAAUAAGCCAUUACUUCCCCAAGGCGGACAUUAACGGAAAGACAGAGGGUGUCUCCUCCAUCGACUUCACACAAGAGGGUGGGAGCAUCACGGAGUUCGAGUGGUCAUUCAAACGAGGCCGUGAUCUCGUUUUUGAGCGCUCCAAAGCCAACGAUCUCAUCAAACUCUAUGAGCCAGAGAGUUCGUUCCUUCGUCUUCCUGGGGAGAUACGCAAUAAGAUCUACAACUACUUGUACGAAGAUAAGGAGAUCAAGUUGUUCCAAUACUUUCAAUGCGCUUUUGAUGACAUGCUAGGCCAUCUGAAGCUGUAUGUAGUAGACUGA